AUGGGUGGAGACGCUCCGCGACAAGCGCCCAGCUCCCUGCCCCAGUUUUCCCAUCGUCCCGUCGGGCAACGCAUCAAGAGCAUCUACACAGACCGUCUGAAGCAGUUUACCGGAAAUGGUCAAUAUGAGGGGCAGAACCUUCUCUCGAAGUUCUACGAGGCCGUCAACUCCGACGAAGAUCACGUCAAAUUGUCCGUGUACUCCGUUCCCAACCUAGACCGCCCAACUUUCAAAGACGCGACCUCCCAUGAGUUCAAACCCACCCACAUCGGCGCCUCUUUCGGCCCCAGCUGGUCCACCCACUGGUUCCGCAUCCAGUUGACCGUCCCCGAGGACAUGCGCCACAAAGAGCGCCUGGAGUUCCACUGGGAUGCGAACAACGAGGGCCUCGUGUGGACCGCUGAUGGUCACCCAUUGCAGGGGUUGACCGGCGGCGGCGAGCGCAUCGAAUGGAUCAUCCCCGACGCCUGGCGCGACGGAAAAGAACAUACGUUCUACAUCGAGAUGGCCUGUAACGGCAUGUUUGGAAAUGCCCCUGGUGGCGACUCCAUCCAACCGCCCAGCCCCGACAAAUACUUCACCCUCAGCAAGGCGCAAAUCACCGCCGUCAACCUGGAGGCUCGCGCGCUCUUCUACGAUUUCUGGAUCAUCGGAGACGCCGCGCGAGAGUUCCCCGGUGACUCGUGGGAGUCGCACGAGGCGAACAUGGUGGGCAAUGCCAUAAUGGACGCCUUUAUUGCCGGAAAUGGAAGCCAGGAGUCCAUCAAGGAGGCGCGCAAGAUCGCGCAGAAAUACCUCGGGGAUAAAGUCGACUCCGCGGAUGUGUAUAAUACCGAUAAGGAUCCCAUUGUGUACGCGAUUGGCCAUUGCCAUAUUGAUACCUGUUGGCUGUGGCCCUGGGCGGAGACGAAGCGCAAAGUCGCUCGUUCCUGGUCGAACCAGUGCGACUUGAUGGACCGGUAUCCGGAACACCGGUUCACCUGUUCCCAGGCGCAGCAAUUCAAGUGGCUCAAGCAGUACUAUCCCUCGGUGUUUGACCGUGUCAAGGAAUGGGUGAAGAAGGGCCACUUCCAACCCAUCGGGGGCAGUUGGGUCGAGCAUGAUACGAACAUGCCCAGUGGCGAGUCGUUGGUGCGUCAGUUCCUCUACGGACAGCGGUUCUUCGAAAGCCACUUUGGAGAACGUUGCACCACCUUCUGGCUGCCCGACACCUUCGGGUAUUCGACCCAGAUCCCUCAGCUCUGCCGUCUGGCGGGAAUGAGUCGCUUCUUCACCCAGAAGCUGAGUUGGAACAACAUCAACAACUUCCCGCAUACGACUUUCCAGUGGGUGGCCCUGGAUGGAAGCCAGGUCAUGUGCCAUAUGGCACCAUCUGAGACGUACACUGCCAGUGCCCACUUUGGGGAUGUGAAGCGGAGUGUGACCCAGCACAAGUCUAUGGACAAGGACAACACCUCCCUUCUGGUCUUCGGAAAGGGUGACGGCGGGGGCGGUCCUACGUUUGAGCAUCUGGAGAAGCUGCGUCGUUGUCGGGGUCUGAAGCGACAAGGCACGAGUUGCGACGUGUACGUGAGCUUACUUGAGCUCAUCGCGCACUACACGACACAGGCCAACAACAAGCGGAACAAUCGCAAAUCCGAGUUCUUACUCCGUGAGAUUGAAUACCUGGCGACUCUUGCGACGCUGGCUCCCAACAACGGUGGCUACAAGUACCCCAAGGAGGUGAUCGAUGAAAUGUGGGAGGGCGUGCUCCUGUGUCAGUUCCACGACUGCCUGCCCGGUAGCUCGAUUGAGAUGUGCUAUGACGACUCGGACAAGCUUUACGCUAGAAUCUUUGAAAUCGGCCAGAAGGCGAGGAAGGAGGCCCUUUAUGCUCUGGGGGUCUCUCGUGCGGCAUCUACGGCUUUUGCGGCGAUCAACACAUUGCCCUGGCACCGGUCUGAAGUUGUCAAAGUCCCUGCGGAGCUCAGAGCUCAAAUCUCGGGGAGCCCGAAGUAUGUGGUGGCGAGUGGAGACACGGGCCUCGUAUCAUGCAAGACUCAAAAUAUGGAAAUCACUUCUGGCGUGUCGGUUUCGGAGAUCCAGCCAGGUGUGUUCCGUCUUGAGAACUCCCAACUCCGAGUUGAUAUCAAGGAUGGCGUGAUCGUGUCCCUGUAUGACCGGGGAGCGGAGCGAGAAGUCAUUGCCCCGGGUGGUAAGGCCGGACAGCUGGUGAUAUUUGAUGACAAGCCACUCUAUUGGCAAGCUUGGGAUGUGGAGGUUUAUCAUCUCGAGUCUAGAAAGGAGUUACCGUCGGGUAAGACGACCAUUGCGGAAGCAGAUCCGUUCCGCGUUAGUGUCGUGACGGAAACCAAGAUCAGCGACGUUAGCUGGAUCAAGACGACAAUCAGUCUCGCGGCUGCCGUGGGUGCACAGCCCUCAUACGUGGAGUUUGAGAGCGAGGUGGAAUGGCGUGAGACGAUGAAGUUCCUCAAAGUCGAGUUCCCCGUUGAUAUCACGAACACCGAGGCCUCCUACGAGACUCAAUAUGGAAUCAUCCGUCGGCCGACUCAUUACAACACAAGCUGGGACAUGGCCAAGUUUGAAGUUUGCUGCCACAAGUGGGCUGAUCUGUCCGAACACGGAUACGGCGUGUCGGUCCUGAACGACUCCAAGUAUGGCUUCGCAACCUGCGGAAAUCUCAUGCGUCUCUCGCUCCUGCGCGCACCGAAGGCACCGGAUGCACACGCGGACAUGGGCCGCCACCAUAUCCGCUACGCCAUCCUUCCCCAUGCUGGACCCCUUGACUCGCGCACCAUUCGCGCCGGAUACAGCUUCAACCAUCCCCUGGUGGUUGAACCAGUGUCUUCGAAGGUGUCGUCAGACCUCUUCAAGUCCAUCUACAUUAGCGGAUCGGAUUCGCUUGUCUUAGAUGUCGUCAAGCGCGGAGAGGAUGACGAAGAUGUUUCCCGCGACAACUUGCCUCGACGAUCCGGUAAGAGCAUCAUCCUGCGCGUCUACGAGUCUCUCGGUGGUAAGAGCCGCGGCACGAUCCACACUACCCUCCCCGUCAAGAAGGUGUGGAAGUGCAAUAUCCUGGAGGACAACGAGACAGCCCUUCACACGUCGAAGAUCAACGGUACGGUCGAUGUGGGCAUCGAGGUGCGGGCCUUUGAGGUGGCAACGUAUCGCUUGCAGUUGUGA